AGUAAUGCCUGGUUCGAUAUUCCUGUUUCCGGGGUUUGGCAGCUGACCGCUGGCUGACUGAUUCAACACAAAACUCUGCUGUAGAACAUUUGUCGGAAGUGAUGAGUGGAGAUUCAAACCCUGCAGCCACACCCACCCCCUGUCAGGACAUACAGGGAGAUGGACGAUGGAUGUCAUUGCACAAUCGAUUUGUAUCAGACAGUAAAGGAAAAGAGCCUGAUGUUCUGUUUGUUGGAGAUUCACUCAUCCAGCUUCUGCAUGAGUUUGAGGUUUGGAGAAAAUUGUUUUCUCCUCUCCACGCUCUAAACUUUGGGAUUGGUGGAGAUGCUACGCAGCAUGUGCUGUGGAGGCUCAUCAAUGGAGAACUGGAUUACAUCAGCCCAAAGGUGGUGGUGUUGUGGGUCGGCACUAAUAAUCAUGGUCAAACACCAGAACAGAUCUGUGGAGGAAUCAUGGCCAUCAUCAAUGUGAUCCAUCAAAAGCUGCCCAAUUCUCACACUCUUGUACUGGGGUUACUGCCGAGAGGUAAAAGCCCAAACCCUCUCCGCGAGCGUAACGCCAGUGUAAAUGCUUUAGUCCAAGCUGAGGUAGCAUCUCUGUCUCACGUCUCCUUCCUGAACAUGGACCCAGGGUUCGUUCACUCAGACGGCUCCAUCGCACACCAGGACAUGUAUGAUUACCUGCACCUCACGCCUCAUGCCUACCAGAGGGUCUGUGAGCCUUUACACGAACACCUUAAAUCCCUGUUAGAAAAACACGCUCCCUGAACACACUAAAUACAGCAUAAAACAGCCUUUCCUGUGUGACGACAGAUGUCUCAUCCUUUAUGCUCUACAAGCAGAGCCUUCUCGAGAUACAAACACCCUCAGGAAAACCCAUGACUGUUUAAUACACAUAAACAUACAUCACAUGCUUUCCGUCAGUGUGCGUUACUGCUUUAUGGUCACUACAAUUAUGCUAUUCUUUAUUAAGGUACAUAACAGGAGAACUCUUCUAAAUAUAAGAAAUAUAUCAUGUUAUUUCUCAUGCCAUUCCAAAUAUUGUAUGAUGAGUUUUUCUUUGGAGAAUCGACCAAACAUUGACCCAAAACAAAAAAGGUUAUUUAGUCAGACAAAAUAAAUAGUCAUAGAGGUUUGGAACAACAUGAGGGUAAGUUAAAAAUUCCUUUUUUUUGGUAAACUAAUUUCUUUACACAAAAUGGAUACUACAUUCCAAAGCCUGUGCUUGUAUAAACAAAAAAGUAACAAUAUAGUCGUGUAUUUUGCAGUGUAAUAUUGAACUCGAUGACACAAUGACUUGGAUUGACGGAAGAACUUCUUGAGCUUUUUGUGUAGGAAACAACAGCAGACAUUACUGCCCUUCAGAGGCUGACAACCAUUUGUUUAUUUGUUGAAAGGAACAAUACGGGCUAUUUUGCUUUUGUUGGCCAGUAUUGGAUCUUUACAUGCCCAUAGGCUCUCUUCUAAGAAAAGAGUAGAUGACUCAUGUGAUGAUGCGCUUGUGAUGAAAAGGAUAGUUCAUCCAAAAAAAGAAACUUUUGCCAUUUUUUUACUCACUCUACUUGUUUAUAAUCUUCAUGUGUUUCUUUCUUCUGUUGAACACUAAAGAAGAUAUUUUGAAGAAUGACAACUGACUUCUUUAGUAUAUAUUUUUCGUACUAUUGAAGUUGAUUUUGAGCUUUCUUUAAAAUAUUUUCUUUUGUGUCCAGCAGAAUAAAGAAAUUAUUAUAAAGGUUUGUAAGCACUUGAGGGUGAGUAAAUAGUAAGAACAUGUUCAUUUCUUGGUGAACUACCCUUUUAAAAUGAUUCCCUACAGUUUAACCUUUUGCUCUUUGCUGGAGAUUCUUUGUGAUGAACAUUGAAUUAGUUUCAUUUAUUUCUGUACAGUAUUUUCGAAAUGAAUUCUCUCUUUCGUGCAUGUCCGGUUUAUAUCUCUUUAGUUAAUUUAGUGUUUUGUUCCAGAAUGUUUUAAGUUCUGUACUUUUGCCACCAAGAGUGUCUGAAAUAUUCACACUAUGGAUGAAGUCUUAAAAUCUCAUAACUAAAGACCAGGAUUGGGUGUUGGUGGUCUGUGCAUGACUCAAGCUGCUAAAAAGCAGAGAAUUUAAAUCAUAAGUGGCCGAUUGCUGUCUUUGUUUUUAUUGCUGUAUGUAUUACAGUCAACCAGUCAUCACGUUCAAAUGGUGUCGAAUGUGGUUAAAUGUGUGAUUCUGCUGCUGCUUUAUCCUUGUAUUUGUACUUGUGUCUUGUGAACGUCGUCAUCCUCAAGGAGCCUUGUGUGAUUCCAGGAAUUGUUUCCUCAUGGUGUUGAGAUUCCAGUCUGAGGGGUUACAUGUCAUGGCUGGUGCUGCGAUAAACAAUUGUCAUGUUAAAUGGUGGAAUAAACCUUAAGAA